CAAAAAGAAAAAGUGCUUGGAGAAGGGGUCGCCUUCUCUCUCUUUUUCAUUUUUGCUCAUUUCUUAUUUCUCCUCCUCCACUUUCAAUUCUUCUGGCGAUGCGAAUACCAUGGCAGGGCAAGAAGAAGAAUAGUCGCGUGUCUGAAUUCGUAAUCCCAAAACAAAAACAGAGUUUCCAGUUAGAUUAAAUCUUACGCUGUCCCAUUCUAUUUCCCUCCAGAAACUUUUCCUCCCUACGAUUCCAAUCUCGCUGGAGCCUUGUCUUCUCCGAUUCCUCUAUCUAUCUCUCUCUCUCUCGUUUUGCUUGGCUCUUGCCAGGACCGCCGUUCUGCCUCAACGCUUCCUGUUUCCUCUUCUACCCUCCCUCCUGCUCUUCGUCCGACAGAGCCAUGCCUGCAUUUAGUGCUAUAGCGUUGGACAGGUUGUUAGAACCUGGAGCUUCUCAAUCUCAAGACAAGUCUAUUCCGCCCAGUGGGUACCUUGUUCCAAACCCAAAACCUCCUCCACCUCGUUCCACAUUGCAGAGGAGAAACAGCACCUCAAUCACAGAGAAGAGUCCUCAUCGCCCUCAGCUAACCCCUUCACUAUAUACAACUCCUGAGGCAACUCCUGUCCCUCCUGGUUCUCCCACUUCGUAUGCCUCCUCACCGUAUAUUAUCAACCACAAGCGAAGAGGCCCACGCCUUGCAAAGAGCACUUCUGUAGAUAACAUUGCAUCUCAAGGGAAGGCCUUAGAUAAAGACGAAGCCAAAGGGAGCUCAAAGAGUUCUGAAUCUCAGGUUCAUGAUGUAGCUAGAGAUAAGCCUGCUGCUUUAGCUCGUCUGAACUUUGAUAAAAUAGAGCCUGUGAUUCAUGAGAUUUCUGUGGAGAAGGAGCUUCCUAAUGGCAUCUGCAAUAUAUCUCCUAAAGCAUUGCAAAUCAAAGGUCACCAGGAGGGUGCAAAAGUGAGCAGUAAUGGGAAAGUUGGAAUUACUAACAUUAGGCAUGGCUUUCUGAAGGAAAAGGAUGGUUCAAGUGCACGGGAUAGCGAUGUCGAUGACUUUUUUGAUCCACAAGAAUCACUGAGUCAUGCUAGCAACACCGAUAGUGAAGAUAAUGUUGGAUCUUUUGCUUUGCAAAGUAGCAGUGCACAAAUGGCAGAGUUUUUUGAUGCAUGGGAAGAACUUUCUUCUGAAAGUGGCCUGCAGUCUGCUCUCCAUGAUUUUCAAUCUGAACUGCGGGGAACACGAUUGAGUUUGUUGAUGGAGAUAGAGAAGCGCAGGCAAGCAGAGGAUGCCUUGAAAAAUGUGGAAAGCCAAUGGCAGAGAAUCAUGCAACAAUUGGCUCUUGCAGGAUUGACUGUUCCGCCUUGUCCCAUUGAUGAUCAACCUAGCAGUAAUACUGAUCCCGCAGAGGAGCUGUGCCAGCAGCUCGAUGUAGUUCGCUUUGUAUCCAGUUCUAUUGGCCAGGGCAUAGCAAGAGCUGAGUUGGAGGUGGGGAUGGAAGCACAGCUAGAGGCAAAGAACUUUGAGAUUGCACGAUUGGUUGACCGACUUCAUUAUUAUGAAGCCGUGAAUCGAGAAAUGUCUCAAAGGAACCAAGAAGCUGUAGGUAAGAAAUUCAGUGCCUGCUAAAUGGCUCGAAGGAAUAGGCAGGUGCAGAAAAGGAGACAAAGGUGGGUAUGGGGUUCAAUCUCUGCUGCAAUUACUCUUGGCACUGCAGCUCUAGCAUGGUCGUACCUUCCACCGAGAGGGGGAUCAACAGCUUCAACCGCCAGCGGCUCUGUGGAAAGUGAGCAGCCCGAUAGUGCAUCUUCAGAUUGAACCAUCCUGCGCAGUCGAUGUUGAUAUUCUAUAUCAAUCAUAGAAGAAUAAAAAGGUGGUUGUAUAUGACGUGACACCAAUACAGCAGCUAUAUCACUUGCGGCGGCAGAACCUUUUUCCUGCCAGCGGAGAUUGAAGAUCACUUGAUAAUGUCUAAAUUACACCGUGUAAUAUAGUCAUCCGUUCUGGCUAGGCAAUCAAGAAAAAAGCUGUAAUUUUUUUUUGUUUUGGUCAGUGAUUAUAUGUCAUAUUGGGAUUUCCUUCUGUUUCAGCUAUUGAUUCCGGCACAAACAUUUAGUGAUGAAGAGGGUUGAAAUAUCUGUUUGAUGUGCCCAGUUAGCUUAAGCCAAGUGUCUUGGGGGAUGGAGUGCCCUGCGUAUAACUGGCUUGUCCUGGUUCUGGGAUGCUAGCUGGACUAACGAAUUGCAUUUUCUUGUUAUUCGAGGUUACAUUCAUUCUUCCAUAUUGGUGUGUUUUCCAUAUUAAGUAUUAACCAAAAACAGAUAAGGGUUUCUGUAACACCCUAGACCGGUCGGUCAUAUAAUUUACCAAAAGAC